CGGUGCACCGCGCCACGAACCCAGCCGGCCGUGCCGCCGUCUCCGCGUCCCGCCAGUCGAGUUCCUGCGCCUCCAGUGUCAGCACCUCGAACCUGCGCCGCUCCGUGCCGCUCCGCUCUCCGCAGCCGCGACGUACGCUCUCGUCUCCGAGUUCCGUCUCCAUAGCGACCGCGCCUUCACAACAAGUUGCCAGUCAGUGACAGGCGCCGCCGUCUCGUGACGCGACGUGCCCAGUGACGAAGUGACAAAGUGACUUGCACCGACUCCGUGUGCAGUUGCUGCAGUGCCCAGUGCCCAGUGCCAGUGACAAAGUGACUUGCACCGACUCCGUGUGCAUUUGCUGCAGUGCCCAGUGCCAGUGACGAAGUGACAAAGUGACUUGCACGAGCUCCGUGUGCAGUUGCUGCAGUGCCCAGUGCCAGUGACGAAGUGACUUGCACGAACUCCGUGUGCAGUUGCUGCAGUCCCCAGUGCCAGUGACGAAGUGACAAAGUGACUUGCACGAACUCCGUGUGCAGUUGCUGCAGUGCUCGCCUUGUGCGAGGUGUGUGGAAGUGACAGCGCGCGAGCUCUUCCAGUGCCGGCGUUGCCCGUUACCAUGGGCCUGGAUGUUGUUGGGUCGAUGUGCCGCGGCUGUGAGUGGUGUGAGUGAGAGUGCUUGACAGUGUGCAUAGGUCAGAACAGUCCCUGACGGAGUCUCUCUUCUGAAAGUGCCAUAAGUGAAGUCCGAGUCCUCUCUGUGACAAUGACCCGGUUCAUGUCACUGCUGCUGCUGGCGCUCGGCGCGCUGAGCUGCGCCGACGCCGGCCCCAUCGCCUUCAAGCACGGCGUGUACGACGGGCUGGUCGUCGGCAUUGACGAGGACCUGCCCGCUCUGCACUGCGCCGCCAUCCUGGCCAACCUUGAGGUCGCCAUCUCCACUGCCUCGGCCACGCUCCGCACCGCCCUGGACGGGCGUGCCACCAUCGGGCAGACCGUGGUGCUGAUACCCGACUCCUGGGGCGAAUCCUGCCUGCCGCCGCUGCCAGGCAUCGGCCCUGACGGCGAGGCCGCCAAGCCCACCGUCGUCUCGUCCAUGGGCGAGACCCCGGACAUCACGGUGAUGAAGCUGGACCCCGCCUUCGGGUCGAACCUCUUCACGCAGCAGUCCCGCGGCUGCGGCCAGCCGGGCGACCAGGUGUACCUGGGCUCUACCCUGCUGGAGGAGCCCUUCCCCGACCUAGGGAGGCGCCUGGCUCGCGAGUUCGCCAAGUACCGCUACGGCGUGUUCGACGAGAGCGGCAUCGAGGACGACCCCAUCUACCCCAUCUGCCACCGCCGCGAGCCGAACAACCGCCUGUCCUUGACGGGCUGCUCCGACCUGCCCCUCGAGGGCGAGCACACCGCGUGCGCCACCGGCACCAACCACGCCAACCUGUCCGAGCUGGUGCAGCCCUCCUCGCACUCCUCGCUCAUGUUCGCGCCCUCCGUGCCCCACGUGGACCACUUCUGCGACGAACACACCCACGACAGACUUGCACCCACCAAGCAGAACGCCUUCUGCGGCCGGCGCUCCGUCAUGGAGGUCAUCAACUUGCACGAUGACUUUCGGGGGAGCAACAGGGCCAACGCGUCAGUCCCCGUGCCUCCACCCUCCUUCGUCUACAAGCGGGCGACGCUGACGCGCUACAUGCUCGUCGUCGAGGACUCCAAGGACAUGUCCAUCCGCGACACCUGGACCUUCCUCCGAACGGCGGUUCGCAAGUGGGCCAACCUGGACCUGACCGUCAACACCGAAGUCGGCUUGUUGGUAGUCAACGAGUCUUCCUCAGCCUACACCGUCCCCUUGCAGGCCAUCAGCGGUCCAGAUGCCCGCAGUCUCAUCUCCUCCAACAUACCCUACACGGCCGCGGAGAGCCACGCCCCCGUCUGCUUGUCCUGCGCCGUGCGCAAAGCACGCGAACUGAUGAAAGAACGGGAGCGCCUCAGCGGCCCCGCCAGCUCCGUCAUCAUCCUAGUCGGGUGCGGCACCGACAACCCGGCUGACCUCAAGCUCGCCGCCAUGGAGGCUGCCGCCGACGGAGUGCGCGUCGCCACCAUCACCUACCCCGCCGUGAUCAGAAGCUCGCCCCUCGACAUUGCUGCCUCCGUCACCGACACCCUCGCCUUCAUCAUCGAGGAGAAGGGCUACAGCAUGGCCAUGUCCAUGCUCGGCGCCUACUUCCGCCUGACCACCGCCCUCUUCGACAUCACCACCCACUUCUACGUGGGCCACCUCAGCCUCCUGCCCAUCGAGGUGCACCGCCGCGCGCUCAACGACCUGUCCAAAGACCUGACGGGGUCCUUCGUCAUGGAGGAGGGCAUGGGCACUCCCUCACGGUUUGGCGUGUACGCCUACGACACGGAGAACCCGCUGCUCAGGAAUAUCUUCCUCGUCUCGCCCAGCCAUAAGAGCUACUCCUUGCGCACUGAGCAGCACAUCAACGUCAGGAUGCUCUCCCUCGCCACCGACAUCAACGAGACUGGCACCUGGCAGUACAAGAUCGAACGCUUCCGCGGCAACCCGCAGCCCCACUUCGUGCAGGUGGUGGCCAGCGCCCGGUCCCCGCUCAUCCCCGUGGUUCGCGCACGCUUCUACACCUCCAAGGGCAAGGGCCCGUUGGUGCUGUACGUCCAAGUGACGUACGGCCACUUCCCCGUGCUCGGCGCCUCCGUCGAGGUGACCAUCACGCGCCCCAACCUGCCCGGCCAGCCCGGCCAGCCCGGCCAGAUCGCCCAGCCCGCCCAGCUCAACCAGACCAACACCACGGUCAGCAGCGAGACGUUCCUGCUCCUGGACACUGGCGCCGGCGACCCCGACCUCAUGCGCGGCGAUGGCAUCUACUCGCGGUACUUCAGCACCCUCAUGAGCGGCGCCGGCACCUACACCUUCCACGUGACGGUCACGGACAACGGCCACACCGCCUACUCCUGGAAGGAGAACCGCCAGGGGCAGCACAGCCCGGUCGAGGGCUACGGUUCUUGCUGCGGCAGUGAACUCAAAACCCCCGCCCAACACAUCUUGCCGCCGUUCCAACGCAUCCUGCCGCCGCUCACCAUGGUCCUCGGGGACUCCGCCUCGAUGCUGGAGCACGACUCCCCGUUCACGUCGCCCGGCCGCGUGGGUAACCUGCGCGUCGAGGUGCUGGGCGGGGAACCCAGAGCGCGCCUCACCUGGACCAGCCCGGACUUCGGCGGGCUCGAAGCGGACCGCUACGAGAUCAAAUACUCCACCCAACUGCGUGAAUUGAUCGACGCCUUCGACACCCAGGCCCAGACUUGGGAGCAUGGUUUCCCGCCCACCGCGUCCCCCGGCAAGCUCAUCAGCUUCACCCUGGACGUGUCUCUGGAGCCCAGCCUGCUGGACACUCACUUCUACGUGGCGAUGCGCGCCUACCCCGAAGAGGACGUGGACCUGGGCCCCGGGCCCGUGUCCAACUGGGUGCGCGUCUUCGUCAAGUCCCCGCCGCCGGUCGUGACCACCCCGACGAGUGUGAGAGGCGGCAACGACGCCGGCGGCCACGACAUGCCGCCGUGGGACAUGGGCCCCGAAGGCGAGGACGGCCCCGACCAGCGCGUCACCGGCUACCUAGAGAUCGGCCUGGACAUCAUCAUCCCCGUCAUCGGCGGCGUCCUCCUGCUCGUCAUCUGCCUCGGAGUGUACUGCUACCUGUGCGUGGUGCGCCGCGAAACCCCCAGGGCCGUCAAGAUAAACCACAACAACGGAGCCCCUGGCGGCGGGCCCCCCAGGCCCCCAGCGACCUGCGCCGAAGCCGACAACAGCCCCUGCUUCGAGCAGAAGAGGCGCUUGGAUGUGGACGACGCGAUGGACAUGCACGCGCAGCCGGGGAACCACAGCGGUGGGCACCCCAGCCCCACGCACAGCAUGCCCGCCACGACGAAGCUCUCGUUGAUCCCGUUCAACACCGGCAACAUCGAGCAGAAGCCCGUCAGCCCCUUCGGCAUGUGGAGCGCGUCGGAGUUGCUGGGCGAGCACGACCGGCGCGUCAACCCCGACGACGACGAGCACGCGCUGCCCGCCUACCACAUCCAGUACCAGUACCAGCCGUACCACCACCAGCACACGCAGCUCCCGCAGCACGCCGUGGACGGCAGGCCGCCGCAGUACGACCAGCAGUACUACCAGGAGCCGCACUCACCGCCCGUGCCGCCGCUGCCGCACCUGCACUUCGAGGAGGACGCUAUGUACGGCGUGCGGCAGCAGUGCCACCCGCAGCCCCACCCGCAGCAAGGGUUCCUGCAAAACAACCGGGCCAUGGCCUUCAACCCCAGCCUGCAGGGCUCGCUCAGCUCCGUCAACAGCGACCGCAAGAAAAGGAACGUCACGAUGGUCUGAGAUUUGCUUCGCGGGUUUGAACCCGCGCGCUGCUCUUGUAUCGUGGUUGUGAUCCUGGAGCCGCAUCUCAGGUUUGGACCUGGGCGCUCGCAGCAGGAUCGUGAUCUGGCCAUGGCCGAAGCAGAGGUCCGGCACCUGGCCACGUCCCUAGCCGAGGACUUCGACCGGCUGAAGGCCGUGGAAGAGGACGCGGCUGAGGCCAGGGAACGGGAAAAGGCCCGCGCCCAGGAGGAGGCGCGUGCCCAAGAGGAGGCCCGCGCCCAGGAGGAGGCCCGCGUCCAGGAGGAGGCAAGGGCUAAGAAGGAGGCGCACAAAAGGGCCAAUGCCGAUUCCCAGUUGAGGGCCAACCUCAAGGCGCAGGCCCUAGCAGACGUCGUUAACGCCGUGCGCCUUUACCGGUACAAGUGUGAGUGCGACAGUGCGACGCGAAGCUCAACUUUUGGACACUUGCGAAAGCAACAGUGCCUGCCAAGGGCCUGGGAGAUGAUCCACGUGUGAUUGUUAAGGCAAGUCUCUGAGAUUCUUCCGCCGCGACCCCAAGCUGUUGCCCAGUGUGUGAAACGUCAUUCCUCUAGUCUUUUCUUCUCGCGCCUAUUUCUCUCUUGUAAAGUGUGUUUCUCCAAAGGUACUGUGCAGCAGAGUGGGGCGGCUUUGGCCUGCCUGAAGAGAUAUUUAACUAGUAUUAACGCCUUAAUUCCAAAUGGAUGUCACGAUGUCACUUCCAGUCAAGUUAAGGGACCAUUUUUGGGUCUCGAUGACUCAAAUUGACGUCUCUUGGAUGGAAAGUGACUUCUGGUUUCACUUGGGAAUAGUCAAUGUUUUUAAAUUAUAAUAAUUAUCUGUGUAUAGUGUAUUCUGUCUAUUUUCGUAAGUUUAUCUAUAGUCCUCAAUUGUUUUUGUUUCUGUUGAAAUUUUUCUCUAUAUUUGUUUGUAUGUUCGAAUUUAAACUCGGUGUCUAGUUGAGUCUAUCUGUGCUUCGCUGUGUCUGUGUCCAUUUGUGUCUAGCCUUGUCUAUCUGUGUUUAUGUCUUUGCAGUUCAACUUUCUAGGAUAAAUCGGUAUUUCCUAUGUAUCAAAUUAUCAACCCAGUAACAAGAACAUCAAUGCUAGGGCAAUGGGUUAUUUCCUUGACAUUUUCCCCAUGGGUUGCCUAAAAGGCAUCUCUUGGGAAAGCACAGUGAACGUUGUGUUUAGUGUACUUGUGUCAUUGCACUUUUUCUAUACUACAAAUCAUUGUCUACAUUAUAUUAUGAUGCCAACCCCUAUUGUGUCCCUGUUAUAGUGUGUCCUUGCAUUGUGCUCUUGUAUUUUAAAAAUUACCCAAUGAAGUGUGUCAUUUUAUGCUCUGCAUGGGCGUACAGGACAUGAGCCCCGCCCCGUUUGACCCCCGAUCGGUCUGAGCCCGACCAGAGCCCCAACCCCAGCCCGACCUGAGCCCCGACUCGGCAGCGACUCGACCCCCAAUAUCCUGAGCCCGGAGCCCUGUCCUGAGCCCGCAUUCAGCGUCGACGUGAGCCCCAUUUGAGUCCCGCAUUGAGCCGCGGGGCUCAAAUGAAGCUCGGGUCGGGGCUGAACCGGAAUCAUGCCGGGGCUCCAGACAUUGGGGCUUGGAUCAAGGCCAAAAUCUGCGCUCAACUCGGACAUAGGUUGGGGCUCGGAACAUCGGGGCUCAAACGGCGCUCCUGUAUGCCUUUGCCUGAAGCAUGCGUUCUAGUCAUUAGCACAUGCAUGUGCGCCUAAGAAUUUCAAUUGUUUUGCAGCAUGUCCGCCUUUCUCUCCCAUUCUUAUUUGAAAGAAAAGAAUCUGUCUUUGUUCAGUUAAUGCAGUGAUAAUCCAUAGUACACAGAAAAAUCUGUGACACCACCAGAAAUGCUGCAUGUAAAUUGACAACUUGGCGGGAGGGAAGACUGACUGAACUCACUACUUUAAGUGUGUAGUGGAAAUCAAUUGCAUAUUGUAAAUAUUUUUUUUGUUUGUAAAUAUAAAAUUAUACAUUGCCAUGCUAGAAUGUUAUAUAGUUAAAAUGUUAUGAAUAAAAUUGAAUGUUAUGCAUGUAUGAAGUGGAUCUGUGUAUGAUAACAUAGUAGAAUUAUAAAUAAAUUUGAAGUGAUCUCACAAGAAA